AGGAGGCACUGCUAACUCUCUUCAACUUUCACCCUCUGGAUCUGUAUAGCAACGCAAGCCGACUGAUGGCAACUCAACCUGGAAGGGGAAAUCGUGGUACUCGUCGACAGAGCGUCUCUCCCCCCCACAAAUCGAACACCAAAUUUGCACUCCUUUAUAUCGCCGCUGUUGUAAAUGUCACAAGGACCAACUCGCUUCUGUUCUUGUCCCAUCCAUUGUACUUCUUAAACGGCGGUAAUGUCAGCUUUUAUUCCAACAACAACCUACUGGGCAGCGGCAUCUUCCCAAUUAAAGGAUCAAACAUUUCGGGUGCAUACCCUCAAAUCGUGAUCCUUAAUUCGCUUGCGGUGGUUCAAAAUGGAAAUAUCUCAGGCAUCAUGCUACUGCCGUGGCGUAUACGUAACUAACCAGGCGUUCAGUGUUGC